AUGAAUUCCAAUGCUAUAAUUGACUUUUUUAGUGGCACUGUCGGUGCAACAGCAUCAGUUUAUGUUGGGCAACCAUUAGAUACGAUCAAGACAAAAUUACAAACAUUUCCAAAUAAUUAUAAAAAUUUUAUUCAAUGUGGACAGACUAUUUUUCACGAAAAUGGUUUACGUGGUUUAUAUGCUGGAACUUUACCAUCAUUACUAGCAAAUACUGCAGAAAAUGGAAUUUUAUUUAUGGCUUAUGGUCAAUGUCAACAGUUUAUUUGCGUAUUAAGACAUAAAACAAGUAGUGAACAAUUAACUACAGUAGAAAAUAUGGCAGCUGGAAGCGUCGCAUCUAUAUUUUCUUCUAUAGCUUUGUGUCCAACAGAAUUAGUUAAAUGUCGAAUACAAACUUUACAUGAAAUGGAACACAUGAAUCCAUUAAAUAAUGAAAGUUCAAUAUUUAAAAAGAUUUCGCCAGUUGGUAUCACUCGAGAUAUCGUACGUGAAGAGGGUAUACGUGGUUUAUUCCGUGGUUUAACAACAACACUACUCAGAGAAUGUCCAGGUUACGGUUGUUUCUUCGGUGGUUAUGAAUUAACAAGAAAAGUUUUAGCGCACGAAAAUCAAAAGAAAGGAGAUAUUGGAUUUGUAAAAACAUGGUUAUCUGGUGGAAUGGCUGGCAUCUGUUUUUGGAUAAUUAUGUUUCCUAUUGAUGCAGUUAAAUCACGUAUACAAGUGUUUAAACCAAAAAUGAGUUUGCCACGAUAUACAUUACAAAUAAUAAAGCUCGAAGGAUUUAAGGUUCUCUAUGCUGGUUUAGCUCCAACACUGAUUCGUACCUUUUUGGCUACGGGCGCCUUAUUCAUCACCUAUGAACAAAUUCGGUUCCAUCUCAAUCAAAUGAUUUUGUCUCGAUAG